AAAAAUUCAGUUCGAAACUAAAUUAAAGUGACAUGCAAUAUCGAAGAAUUUUGGAAGCAUUUGAACAUCGUUGGAUAGAACGUUAUGAACAGAACAAAAAGGUAGGAACAAAAAAAUUAAUUCUAGAUCCUCCAGACUAAGUAUUGAAUAAGGAAGUAUUAUUAAGUCUAUUAAUUAUUAGAACUUACCAUUAUCAAAGGUAUAAUAAACAAAUCAAACAAAGGAGUAGGCAAGAAAAAUUAGGUUGAAAUAAUAAUUGCAGGAGGAAUGCCCUAUUUGCAUGAUGAAUUUGGAUGAACUAUAAAAUGUCUGUGAAAUUGAUGUCUGCUAACAUUAGAUAUGUUUGACCUGUAUAAAGGAAUGGGCAGAGAAAUAUAAGACUUAAUGUCCUUAUUGCAGAGCCACAUUCAAGAGAAUAUACCCUAUAGAAAAUGGUAAAAGAAGGAAGACGCCAAUCAAAUUAAAUCUGAAGUAAGCAAAAUGGAAACCAGAACAAGAUCAAUUCUAUAAUUCUCAAGAGGAACAAGAGGAAAAUCAAAAGUGUCAGCUUUGCGGGUGUUCUCACUCGUAGUAUCUAAUGUUGGUGUGUGAUAAAUGCAAUGAGUAAAUGUGCCAUACAUUUUGUGAUCCAGGGUUUUUAGAGUUUUUCAUACCUGAAAAGAAUUGGUACUGUUUGGAUUGUCGUAAAUCUAAAUUAAUUUAUCACAAACCUAAAUGA